UACACUGUAGGGCCGUGAGCCAAUCAAAAUCAGACAUCUGUUCUGAGCCGACAGGAGAGCAGUGGCGGUGUCUCAGCAUCUCCGCUACUGUAAAAGAAAGGCGCUUCCAGUCAACACCACUCCUUUAUGAGUACUGUUAUUAAACCUGCCUGCCCUUUUGUGAGGAGUAGUUUUUUGUUUUUUUUUCAGUCGUUAGGGUACUCCAAUUUAUUCCGAUGACGACCCUGUCGCUAAUUUUGCUGGCCGUGUCGGCCGCAUCUGUUCUAUCUGAAUCCACCGUCUAUUUCCGAGAGCAAUUUGAGGAUGGGGAUGCUUGGAAGAGUCGCUGGGUGGAAUCCAAACACAAGAGUGACUAUGGGAAGUUUGUACUGACUGCAGGGAAAUUUUAUGGUGAUGCAGAGAAGGAUAAGGGUUUACAGACAAGCCAGGACGCUCGGUUUUAUGCCUUGUCAUCACGUUUCGAUGACUUCAGUAACAAGGGCCAGCCUCUUGUCAUUCAAUUCACUGUAAAACACGAGCAGAGCAUUGACUGUGGUGGAGGCUACAUCAAACUGUUCCCCUCUGGCCUUAACCAGGAGGAAAUGCAUGGAGACUCUACUUACAACAUCAUGUUUGGUCCUGAUAUUUGUGGUCCUGGUACAAAGAAAGUGCAUGUCAUAUUCAACUACAAAGGGAAGAAUCAUCUCAUAAACAAAGAUAUCAGAUGUAAGGAUGAUGAAUAUACCCACCUUUAUACACUGAUCGUAAACCCUGACAACACCUAUGUGAUCAAAAUUGACAAUAAGAAGGCAGAGUCUGGCAGUCUUGAGGAUGACUGGGACUUCCUGCCUCCCAAAAAGAUCAAGGAUCCUGACGCCAAGAAACCUGAGGACUGGGAUGACAGGGAAAAGAUUCCCGACCCUGAUGAUAAGAAACCUGAGGAUUGGGACAAACCUGAGAAUAUCCCUGACCCAGAUGCCAAAAAACCUGAUGACUGGGAUGAUGAAAUGGAUGGAGAAUGGGAGCCACCUAUGGUCACCAACCCUGAUUAUAAAGGUGAGUGGAAACCCAGGGAGAUUGACAACCCAGCAUACAAGGGCAAAUGGAUUCACCCAGAGGUUGACAACCCAGAGUAUACAGCUGACCCUGAGAUCUACAAGUAUGACAGCAUUGGUGUGAUUGGACUUGACUUAUGGCAGGUUAAGUCGGGGACCAUCUUUGACAACUUUCUGAUUACUAAUGAUCCUAAACUGGCAGAGGAAGUGGGCACUGAAACAUGGGAUAAAACAAGGGAUGCAGAGAAGAAAAUGAAGGAAAAACAGGAGGAGGAAGAGAGGAAGAUGCGUGAAGAGGAGGAUAAGAAGAAGCGUGAAGAGGCAAAGGAGGCAGCAGAGGAAGAUGAGGAGAAGGAGGAAGAGGAGGAGGAAGAGGAAGAAGAAGAGGAGGAGAGGGAUGAAGAUGAAGAUGAGGAAGAGGAGGAAGACAGCACAGAUUCUCCACUCAAAGAUGAAUUAUAAACUGUAGGAACUACUGCAGAGAGAACCUAAUUGCCUGUGUCACGUAGCCAUUCUGCAGGUGCAGGUGGGACAAUUGUGAUGGACCCCUGAUGUGGGUGGGAUUUGAUUUUUUUAGUUGUUUACAAUGCCAGGGAAGUUGAAAAAGGAUUAUUAUUAUUAUUAUUAUUAUUAUUAUUAUUGACUUCAAGGAUGAAUUGGCUGGCUGAAAAUGUUAUAUCUAUCAGAUUUAUUUUGUAUGUAUGGUGACAUACACAUCUGUGAAAUGCACAUGUUUUUUUGUUUUUGUUUUAUACCUCAUGUGUUUGCUUUUUUUCUAUUUGCCUUGUAUUUUAAUUUUGUCUCAAAUCCGUUCAUGUUUUUGUUUUUAAAUUAUACUUUGUGGCAUGGUAACACUGUUGUAAAACCAUGCUGUUUAUACUGUUUUCUUUGUGAUUCUGUGGUAAUACAUUACUGAGGGUGAAUUUAUUUGCUAGUUUGUUUGUACUGUCUAGUUACCACUACUCCACUUUGUAUUGUGUGUUUUAAAAUAAUGUACUCAAGCUAAAAUGCAAGUUCACCCCAGUAGCAGCAAAGCUUCCAUCCAUGUACUUGAUUUCUUGUCCUCACUCUAUCACUGUUGCAUAACAUAGAUUUUUUGUAAAUCCACAUUUUGUACUAAUAGUAAUUGAAGGGGUAAUUUCAGACUGCUGUGUACUAAAAGACUCAAUAAAAACAACCGGAAAGAUGUCA